GCUUGGGCUUGGCCGGGGGAACCGAGGACGCGGUGAUGCGGAGGUGGGAUGGGGUCACGGGAAGGGAGUUGGUACCUAAUCUGUUGUGUCUGGAACUCGUGCAGAGGGUUGGGCAGGUUGGGGAUGGUGAGAGAAGAUGAACGUUCCUGGCUGUGGGGCCAGGCCGGAACCAGAACCGGGCAGAGGCCGGGGCGGGACUGGGACAGCCACCUCUCCGCCAGGGCUGGGCAGGGCAUGCUGGGCUGGGUGGGAGACGUCGGUCCCCGGGCAGCCGCAUGCGGCGGGGUCAUUGCUCUACCCCUCAGUCUGGGGAGCUGGAGGAGUUUGCGGGCUGUGUCUUUGGUUCUGGGGGAAUGGCGAGGCGAUGGGGCUAGGCCUAAAGGGAGGGUCUGUGGUGUCAGCUGCUGGUCGGCUUAGCUGCUCGUGGGGACCCCGGACAGUGAGGUUUCGGCUUUUUUUUAAGGGAAGGUGGGGGUACGAUGCAGAAGCAAGGAAACGGUCCUUAAGACGUGGCACCCGCCGCCCCAGCCACCAGCCUGUUUGCAGCGGGCUCCCCGCACCCCCGUUCCCUGUGACUCGCCCGAGACUGAGGCUCAGCACCCACCCCCCUCCGGCCCCCUCCGGAGAUGGAGCGCGCUCGCUCGGCGGCAGCUGCCCCGCAUUCCCGGCGCUGUCAACCCCACAUGGUCCGGGCCUCGGCCCCACCCCCACCGCAUCUCGGUUCCCCGGCCCAAGAUGGGGACUCGAACAGACGAGCCCGUUUCUCCUCCCUGCCGGCACCCCCACCCCACCCCCCUGCAGAGGCAGCCAAGAAAAUGACUUGUCAUGCUGGGGUGGGGGGUGGGGGCGGAGCCGGCGCGGCGCUCAGCGCGCACACUCGCACACACUCGCACACACACUGCGGCAAACUGCAGCUGCCCGCGCGCCCCGCCCGCCGCCGCGCUGCGGAGACACCUGCCUCCCGCCGCCCGGCCCGCACGCCCCGCGCCCGCCGCGCCGAACACGGGCUAGCGGGCCGGGUCCGUCAGGGGGAUUGCGGGGGAGCGGGGGGUGGGGGACGCGAAGGGCAUUUUCCCAGGCCCGAACAGGAGGGGCCUGGUUACAGACGAGUUAGUUGCAAGUCAGACCUGGCGAGCACAUGGCCCUUGAAUUCCCAUUUCCACAGUAGCAGUUCUGUAGGAGGAAUGAGUUUGAGAGGAGAAACUGAUCACUUGGGAUGGAUAUCCCACAUGGGUUACUCACUUUGUGGGGACUCUCAGGAUGGAUGUGGAGGUGAAGUGGGAGAGGGAGCAGGGAAGGGCUUGGGGGAUAAUAUGAUUGUGCGUGCUUGUGAGUGCGGGCUUGGACUCUGAGAAUCCAGGGAGCACACAGUGGUUGUCUCUUUAUUUUCUGAAUUAUAAAACCCUAAGGGUUUAAGUGACACAGAGCUGGGGCCGGCACACAGUGGGUAAGGAAUUUGCUUUGCAAAAGCUGUGUUUAAUCCUUGGCACCUCUUAUGGUCCCCACAGUCCAGUGAGUGGUCCAAGAGCCCAGAGCCAGAAGUAAGCCCUGAGCAAUGCCGGUGUGCCUCCUUCCAUUAAAAAGAAAAGAAAAGAAAAGAAAAGAAAAGAAAAGAAAAGAAAAGAAAAGAAAAGAAAAGAAGAGACUGUUUUGGGAAGGGGAUUUCUGGAUAGAUGGGGACAUUGGAAAGGAGGAUGGGGAGUCCGAAGCCACUCCCCAGAUGCUCAGAUGGGCCUCUCUCCAUCUCCUAGUGCCCAUUCUGCUAGCAUGAAAGCAGGGACAGAGCAGGGAACUGAGAGGAUCCUGGUCCCGGGAGCCCUCCCUUCUGCCUAGCCUGCCGCUCCCUACCCAGGCAGCACCCGGAGCCUGGUGCUAGUGAGAGACAAAGGCUACUUGUCACCCCUACUGUCUGAGGCUGUAUUCUAGUCUGAGGGGGUGGGGACACUGGGCAACAGAGGGUGAGUGAAGGAAAGGAGGAAAUGCUGAGAAAGGGCUGGAGGAACCCGUCUCUGAACAUUUUUCGGGAAUAGCCAAAGUGGCAGGAUCUGCACAGCCAAACUUCUUUCCCUCUUAAGCCAUUUCCUAAUAAUACCUUCUUUGCUGUCCCACAUAAUUCUCAUUUUAGUGCACACCCGCAUGUGUGUAAAAAUUCUUGCAUCU